UGGAUCCUCGAUCAGUUUAGUCGUCGAACUGUCAGUCGCGUGGUGGACUUUGAUGGUCGUGGACAUGCAUAAUUAAGGGAAAGUGACGUGCCGCGUUUCGUAACUGGUCGCGACUUUCGCGCAAGGUCCAUCCCCGUCGUCUCGUCAUUAUCAAAACGUGGACAAGGUUAAAGAAAAAUAAAUAUUAAAAAGAAAAAAAAUAGCUCAAACGUGGCAUGCAUGCAUUCAGCGCGUGAGUGUAACCUCUUCAGUUGGAACUAUUUAUUAUUCGACGACGCUCGAUUGAAUUAAUAUAUAUUCGGACAUUCAAAUAAUGGCACUGGUGCGAAAGCUGCAGAGACUGUCCAGGUCCUUCUGGCUCGGCCCAAAUUAUGUCAAAUGCGCGGCUAAUCAACUGUCCACCACGCAACCGCUGUCCAAGAAGAAAGAGAUUAGUAUAACAUUUGUUAAAACCAGCGGAGAGAGGAUAAAAGCAAGUGGGAAAGUGGGAGAUAGUAUCCUAGAUAUUGUUGUGAAUAAUGAUAUUGACUUGGAUGGCUAUGGUGCUUGCGAAGGAACCCUGACGUGCAGCACAUGUCAUUUAAUUUUCCCUAAGAAUGUUUACGAUAAUCUUCCAAACAAACCUACAGAUGAGGAGACGGAUAUGUUGGAUUUGGCAUAUGAGUUAACUGAUACAUCGAGAUUGGGAUGUCAAAUCAUAAUGACUGAAGAACUAGAUGGUAUUGAGGUGAGAGUACCAUCUACCAUAAAUGAUGCAAGAAGUUCCUAAUGAAUAUGGUGAUGCCUGUAAGAAGGCAUCUGAUUAGCAUAAUUUUUAAUUCUGGCUCCAGCUACUUAUUGUUAGUAAGAUUCAGUUUACUAACUUUCUAUAAAGGACAACAUGAUGAUAGCAAAGUUUAAUAUUAUGUAUAUAGCGAUAAAGAAUUGUAUCUAGACUAUAUAUA